AUGGACACUUCACAGGCCAUGCCAGCCCAGAGUGCAAUGAGCCAGGAGGAGGAAAUUGGGAGCGAGGGUGCUAAGGAGGAGGGGAGCCCAGAGACAGAGGAUGACCCGGCAUCCAUAGAUGCAUGCAUCCAGGAGCUGUUUUCAAGCCUGGAGGAAGCUAGCCAGUCACACCAACUGGAACUUGGGGAAUCGCAAAGAUCAGAGGAGGCACUUGGAUUUCCAAUUGCCAAACCCAACAUAAUAUCCCAGCUGGAACGAGGGGAAGAUCUGCCAGAUCUCCCGAGCUUUGAGGAAAGGGACAUCCUGAGAAACAUCCGCACAGGUGAUGGGAUGGUGGGAGAGAGCAGGGAGGUGAAUCCUCAGCAGGAAGUUCCCGAGCGAGUUCCUGAACAACACAGAAAUCUAUCAGGAAAAUCUGAAGAGGACGUUUCCCAGAGUCCUGAGCAGAGAAAAGCCUGUGAGAGCCAGCAAGGAAACAACCCAGGGAUGAAACUGGGUAAAUCCAUUUACCAAAUGGGAGGUCUGAAGGAAACCACGAUCCAGCCAAGAGUCUUCAGUAAAGAGGAACCAUAUGACUGUGCUGAGUGUGGGAGAAGUUUCAACCGGAAAUCCAACCUUGUUAGACAUCAAAGAGUCCACACCGGCGAAAAACCCUAUAACUGCCCCAGCUGUGGGAAGUGCUUCAGUCAGAUAUCAAACCUUAUUGUACAUCAGAGAAUCCAUACAGGAGAGAGACCCUAUAAAUGCCUCAACUGCAAGAAAAGUUUCAAGCACAGUUCAGACCUUGUUUCACACCAGAGAAUUCACACGGGAGAGAGGCCAUAUAAAUGCCCUGACUGUGGGAAGAGCUUCAAGCAGAGCUCAGUCCUUAUUUCACAUCACACAAUCCAUAUGGGAGAGAAACCCCAUAACUGUCUUGAGUGUGGGAAAUAUUCUGCUUAUUUCUCAUCUCUGAUUUCACACCGGAGAAUCCACACAGGAGAGAGACCUUAUAUAUGCCUCGACUGUGGGAAAACCUUCCGUCAGAAAGCGUACCUUACUGUCCACCAGAGAAUCCACACAGGAAAGGCACCCUAUAGCUGUCCUAAGUGCGGGAAAAGCUUCAAGCAGAGAACAGACCUUAGUGUACAUCAGAGAAUCCAUGUGGCAGAGAGACCCUAUAAAUGCCCCAACUGUGGGAAAGGCUUCAGCCAGAGUUCAAACCUCCUUAAACACCAGAAAGUCCACACAGGAGAGAGACCCUAUAACUGCCUGGAGUGUGGGAAGCAUUUUUCCAAUUUCUCGUACCUGAUUUCACAUCAGAGAAUCCACACAGGAGAGAGACCCCGUAAGUGCCCCAACUGUGGGAAAAGCUUCAGGCAGAGCUCGGACCUUAGUAAACACUGGAGACUCCACACAGGAGAGACACCCUAUAAAUGUUCUUUCUGUGGGAAAAGCUUUGCUCUGAGCUCAGACUUGAUUUCAUACCAGAGAAUCCACACGGGAGAGGCACCCUAUAAAUGUGUCAACUGUGGGAAAAGCUUCAAACAGAGCUUGGACCUUAUUUCACACAGACGAAUUCACACAGGAGAGAGAUCUUAUAAAUGCUCUGUCUGUGGAAUGAGCUUCAGCCAGAGAUCAAACCUCACUGUACAUCAGAAAAUCCACAUGGCAGCAAGACCCUAUAACUGCCCUGAGUGCGGGAAAAGCUGAAAGCGCAGCUCAGACCUUAUUUCACAUCAGAGAAUCCACAUGGGAGAGAAACCUCAUAACUGCCCUGAGUGUGGAAAAAGCUUCAAGCGGAGCUCAGAACUAAUUUCACAUCAGAGAAUCCACACGGGAGAGAAACCCUUUAACUGCACCGAAUGUGGGAAAAGUUUCUGUCAGAGAUUGCACCUUAUUAGACAUCAGAGAAUCCACACAGGACAGAAGCCCUUUAACUGCUCUGAGUGUGGAAAGAACUUUACCCAGAGCUCAGCCCUUAUUGUCCAUCAGAGAAUGCACAAUGGAAAUAAACCAUACAGAUGUUCUGUCUGUGAGAAAAGCUACAAGGCAAAGGUCUCCCUAAUAUCCCACCAGAAACUGCACACAAGGCUGCAGAAUAGUGUCCACAUCUUGCUCCCGGUUGUCCCAGCCUCCCAGGCGACAGGGAAGGGAACGGGCUGUAAUGGAGCCAGUGCAGGAGGUGAUGGGAUGGUGACUGAGAAGGAGGAGGAGAAUUCUCAGCAGGACGGUCUCGAGCAAGUGGAACUGUAUGGGAUGCAAUCAGGAAUUGCUGAAGGGAACAGUCCCUGCUCAGGACUCCAGGAAGCAACCAGCGAGAGUCAGCUCAGGCCAGAGAGACAGCUAAGAAACCACCGCAGGAAGACGCAGGAGAAACCACACGGGGGAGAAACCUAUAACUGCCCCGAGUGUGGGAAAAGCUUCAGUCGGAGCUCUACCCUGAUUAUACAUCAGAGAGUCCACACGGGAGCGAAACCCUACAAGUGUCACGACUGUGGGAAGAGCUUCAAGCGCAGCUCACAACUUCUUUCACAUCGACGAACCCACACAGGAGAGAAACCCCAUAACUGCCCCGACUGUGGGAAAACCUUCAGUGAUGGCUCAAACCUCAUUAAGCAUCAGAGAAUCCACACAGGACAGAAACUCUAUAACUCCCCUGAGUGCGGGAAGAGCUUCAGUCGGCGCUCACACCUUAUCACUCAUCAGAGAAUCCACACGGGAGAGCGGCCCUUCUACUGCCCUGAGUGCGGGAAGGGCUUCAGUAAUAGCUCUGACCUUAUUGUGCAUUGGAGAAUCCACACAGGAGAGAAGCCCUAUAAAUGCUCCGAUUGCGGGAAAAGCUUCAGUCACAACUCGGCCUUUAUUAGACACAGGAGAAUCCACACCGGCCUGAGGCCCUAUAACUGCCCCGAGUGCAGGAAAAGUUUUGCUCAGAAAUGGCACCUUAUUAGACACCAGAGAAUGCACAAUGGAGAGACACCCUAUAAAUGUUCUGUCUGUGGGAAAAGCUACAAGGCAAAGGUCUCCCUCGUGUCCCACCAGAAACUCCACACAGGAUAG